AUGGCCAAGAAAAUGGAGAGCGAUGACUGCAGGGUGCUGGGCCCCAUGCUUUUCUUGCUGCUGGUGAUGCCUCCUCCCCUGAAUGCAGGGAGCUCCUGGCCCAGAGUCCUGAGCUGGAGACAUUUAAAUCGCCACCUUGGCCAAGAAUGGGAAGGCUUCAACCAGAGAGCCAGAUAUCACAGGAGCGAGAAAGACAAGUUCAGAUACUGCAAGGGCAAGUUUGACCUCUACUUUGUAGUGGACAGAUCAGACAACAUGAAAAACAAACGGGAGGAAAUUUACAGCAUUGUGGAGAAAAUGGUGAAGAAGUACACAAACCCCAAACUGAGGAUGUCCUUCAUCACUUCAGAUGGCAAAACCCUCAUGAAGCCCACCUCAGACAGAGUGGGCGGCAAAGCCCUCCUGGAGCUGGAGAUGGUGGACAACCAAGCUGCCAGCCUCGUUAUCAGCAUGAUAGGGGGAUUGAUGGUGGAAGAGACAGUCUUCGAAACUAGGAAAGAAGCUUACAAGGCUCGGAAUAUGGGGGCCAAGGUUUACAGCGUGGGUUUAGAAGACUAUAGCCGAAGGCAGCUGAAGCAUAUUGUGGAAGGUGAACACCAAAUAUAUGAAAAAAGCAGCUACAACACCAUGGAUAGCUUCGUUAAUUCGGUGGCCCCAACACCUGAUAUUGAAAGUCAUUACAAUGAGGAGAGCUGUGGGCUACGGGUGUUGCUGAGUGCCAGAACUGUGUCUAUCCGGGCUAUUGGUUACCAUCUGCCCUCUCUGUUCUUUAGGGUGGUCGUCGUCGAUUACAGCCUCAACAAUGGUGUCAAAUUCCAGGACCAAACUUUGAAAAUGACCAGUAGGGAAUGUGCCUUCAACCCUCCCAUCCACCAAACCACCAGUGCCGAAAACCAGCAGGUCUCCAACCUCACCACAUACCAAGCCACCUGCCCCUGCAAUACACAGGCCUCCAAUCCUAACAUAUGCCAAGCCACCUGUCCCUACAACACACAGGCCUCUGACACCACCACCAACCACACUACAUGUCCCAAAAAUCCAGAGGCCUCCAACCCCACCAGCUACCAAGCCACCUGCCCCUACAACACUCAGACUUCCAACCCCACCACCUACCAAGCCACCUGCCCCUACAACACACAGGCCUCCAACCCCACCACCUACCAAGCCACCUGCCCCUAUAACACACAUACUUCCAACCCCAUCACCUACCAAGCCACUAGUCCCAAAAGCCCUCAGACCUCCAAACCCACCACCUACCAAGCCACCUGCCCCUACAACACACAUACUUCCAACCCCAACUCUAGCCCACCGCCUCCUCCACCGAUCAAGCCCAUCAACACCCAUCUGUACUUGGUUCUGCUCAUCCCGGCCAUGCUCAUGUUCCCCUUGCUCUUCUGUUGCAUCUGGCCACUACGCUUCAAGAAGACCGUCAAGGAGCCACCCCCAGUGCAGAAACCAGGAAAGGACAAACUGGACAUCUUGUGUGACUUUGUUCAAAACUACAACCAGGUGCCAUUGAUGCGUUGUCAGCCCUGGAACAAGGUCACUGAGCUCACCCUCAGCUCUGAGGGCCACUCCUAUAGGAAUGUUCACUGUGUUUGCUCCUCCCAGCUGAAGGACAUGUCAGCAACAGCCGGAGACCUCCUCUCUCUGGCCUAG